AUGGUGAAGUGUUUCCUGGGCCAGAGCGUGCUCCGGAGUUCCUGGGGCCAAGUGUUCGCCGCCUUCUGGCAGCGGUACCCGAACCCCUACAGCAAACAUGUCUUGACGGAAGACACAGUACACCGGGAGGUGACCCCUGACCAGAAGCUGCGGUCCCGGCGACCCCCGACCACGACCAACAGGGUGCCCCGCUGGGCCGAGCGACUGUCUCCUGCCAGUGCUGCUCGCUCGGGGUACAUCCUGGAGGACUCUGCUGUGGACCCACAGAAUGAGACCAUGACCACCUUCACCUGGGACAUCAACCACGCCCGGCUGAUGGUGGUGGACGAACCACGUGUUUGCUGUGUGAACUCUGACAGCAGUGGCUGGACCCAAAUCCGCGGUGAAGCCUGGGUCUCCUCUAGCUUAUUUGGUGUCUCCAGAGCUGUCCAGGAAUUUGGUCUUGCCCGGUUCAAAGGCAACGUGACCAAGACUAUGAAGGGUUUUGAAUGUAUCUUGGCGAAGCUGCAAGCCAAGGAAGCCAAGGAGAAGGCAAAGGAGAAGACACUGGCAGCUACAGAGAAGGUCAAGGAUCUCGCCAGCAAGGCGGCCACCAAGCAGCUGCAGCAGUUUGUGUAG